AUCUUCUUCUUCUUCUUGUUCUUCACUCUAAGAACAACAGUAACCAUGAAUCGCUUAGCAUUUCCCAAAUCAUUUGCUCCACGUUGCAGAGCCAUACACCAAGCAACCAGCAACCACUGCCGACGAGAAACCCAGCUCCAAACUCCCGCCGGCCCCGUCGCCUCCCUCCUCAAGUCCCGUUCUGUCAUACGAUUCCGAGGAGCUGACACCAUCAAGUUCCUUCAGGGUCUGUUGACCAACGAUGUACGGCGGUUCGGUGAAAAAACCACCGCCAAUGAGCCCACACCCACGGCGGUUCCUCCUUUAUAUGCUGCGCUGUUGACUCCUCAAGGGAGGUUCCUCUAUGACCUCUUUCUAUACAACCCGCCCAGAGCUACCGGCAAGGUUGAUGAGCCCUUUGAUUUGUAUGCCGAUGUCGAUGCUUCUGUGUUGGAUGAAUGUUUCGAAACUUUCAUAAAAUACCGGUUGAGGUCAAAGGUUGAGAUUGAUAAUGUCACAAACGAUUUCUCAUGCUGGCAGCGUUAUGGUUUUGGCUCUACUGAGAAGUCCUCAAACGUAGAAGAACCAGAGGCAACCUCUGUUGGCUGGGGUGCUGGUGUGAAUGAUGCUGCAAUGUCAGCUUCACGUGGGGGUAACAUUGGGUGGCAAUGGUUUAAGGAUCCCAGAUUGGACUGUCUUGGUUUCCGAGGGAUCUUCCCGUCAAAUAUAACUCCACCUCUAAUUGAAGCUGACAAAGAGACUGAUGAAAUGAACUAUCUUUUGUGGAGGAUAGAGAAGGGAGUCGCAGAAGGAUCAACCGAGAUUCCAAAAGGUGAGGCAGUACCGCUUGAGUAUAAUCUUGUAGGGCUUAAUGCAAUCAGCUUUGACAAAGGUUGCUAUGUAGGCCAGGAAUUUGUCGCUCGUACACACCACAGAGGGGUGAUUAGGAAGCGCAUAGUUCCUCUAAGGUUUCUUGACAACAAUGAGAAAGAAUUAGCAGACAAAGUCAUUCCUGGCUCAGAAGUGAUAAACACGGCAUCUGGUAAAAAAGUCGGUACAGUGACUACUGCCCUAGGCGGUCAUGGGCUGGGGCUCUUGCGACUAGAAGAAGCGUUGAAGGGGUCUGGUGCCUUAUCCAUUCAAGGACAAGAGGAUGUGAAGGUUGUUGCUAAUAAACCAGCUUGGUGGCCUUCUGAAUGGCUUCAAGAUCAUCAACAACACACUGCUUUUGCCUAGGAUGCUCAAAGUCCUUCAAAAGAUCAGUAUUUAAGAAAAAAAUGGUGGGUGAGUUAGCUUAUAAACGUGGAGUUAAUGUAAUCCUUAUGCUUCCACAGGGUGAAUAGCUAGUGAAAAAGGAAACUGGAAGAUGGCACUUUUGUAUUUCUUGCGGUAUAAGUUCCCUAAUGUAAAACAAUUUUGUUUUUGGCAAUUUAGAAAGGAAAAAGAUACCUGUGCAAAGUCAGCUGUUUCAGCAUACAUGUUUGUAACUAGCAGUACAUUUGUGGCUUUAUAAUAUAUAACUUGGGUGUUAA